GCCCCCUAGUUAACAUAGGAAAUGCCGUUGUUCUCGCGAGACCCAAAACUACCCAGCUCGCGAGUGCAAGAUGGAGAAGUGAAAUGUAUGCGCAUCUAAGAUUGUUUUAAGAAACCACACAAAAUUAUGCUGUGGAGGAGGAAAUGAUGGAGCUAGCUAACCAAAGCAGUUUCUGGCAUUGUGAAUGAAACAUGCAGUUAAGUGGGUAUAGCCAAAUUACUUACUGAACGUCCGAUAGAAAAUAGCGACAAUGAAGGUCGACAGAAGCAAGUUAAAGAAAACACCCACAGAAGCUCCUGCGGACUGCAGGACGCUCAUAGAAAAGCUCAAGGGAUGCAGUGAUGGGCAGCUGCUGCUUGAGCUGCAGCACAUCAAGACCUGGAAUAUUGGCAAGUGUGAACUGUAUCACUGGGUGGAUCUGCUGGACCGUUUUGAUGGGAUCCUCUGUGACGCGGGCCAGACUGUGGAGAACAUGUCCUGGCUGUUGGUUUGUGACCGGCCGGACAACGGGCAGCUCAAGGCCCUGCUCCUGGCUGUGCUCAACUUCACCGCCCUUCUCAUCGAGUACAGCUUCUCCAGGCACCUCUACAGCUCCAUAGAGCACCUGACCACCCUGUUGGCGUCGUGUGACAUGCAGGUGGUCCUGUCCGUGCUGAACCUCCUCUACGUGUUCAGUAAACGCUCCAACUACAUCACCAGACUGGGCUCUGACAAGAGGACCCCUCUGCUGGCACGCCUACAACACCUCGCUGAGAGCUGGGGUGGGAAGGAGAAUGGCUUCGGCCUGGCCGAGUGCUGUAGGGACCUGCCUAUGACGAAGUAUCCUCCCAGUGCCACCACACUGCACUUUGAGUUCUACGCCGAACCCAGUCCCGAGGUCAAAGUGGAGAGGAAGACAAGUAGUAACACACUACACUACAUUCACAUUGAACAACUCGACAAGAUCUCCGAGAGUCCCAGUGAGAUCAUGGAGUCCCUGACGGUGAUGUACAACAUCCCCAAAGACAAGCAGACCCUGCUGUUCACACACAUCAGGCUGGCCCACGGCUUCUCCAACCAUAAGAAGAGAUUGCAGGCCGUUCAAGCCAGGCUUCAUGCCAUCUCUAUACUGGUGUAUUCCAAUGCACUCCAGGACUCCGCCAACAGCAUUCUCUACAACGGCUUGAUAGAGGAGCUUGUGGAUGUGCUGCAGAUUACAGACAAACAGCUGGUGGACAUCAAGGCGGCUUCGCUGCGCACCCUGACCUCCAUCGUGCACCUGGAGAGGACCCCCAAGCUGUCCAACAUCAUCGACUGCACCGGAACGGCCUCCUACCACGGCUUCCUGCCUGUACUGGUGCGCAACUGUAUCCAGGCUAUGAUUGACCCUCUCAUGGAGCCGUACCCACACCAGUUUGCCACCGCUCUGUUCUCCUUCCUCUACCACCUGGCCAGCUAUGACGCUGGUGGGGAGGCUCUCGUCUCCUGUGGGAUGAUGGAAGCCCUGCUCAAGGUCAUCAAGUUCCUGGGCGACGAGCAGGACCAGAUCACGUUUGUGACUCGUGCGGUCCGUGUUGUGGACCUCAUCACCAAUCUGGACAUGGCAGCCUUCCAGUCACACACAGGCCUUACCAUCUUCAUCAGCAGGCUGGAGCAUGAGGUGGACCUGUCGAGGAAAGAGUGCCCCUUUGUCAUCAAGCCAAAGAUCCAGAGGCCCAACUCCACUGUGGAGUCUGAGGACAUGGAUACGGACAUGGACGGCCAAUCAGAAAGCAUGUCAGACGAGAGGAUGGAGAGCAGCCCCGGUCCCUCGACCUCCUCUGGCCCCAGACCGGAGACAGACCACCGACCACAGAGCAACACUGCCAGCAACCCCCGCACAGGUGUCCAGUGUAUUCCGCAACGGGCAGCUCUCCUGAAGUCCAUGUUGAACUUCUUGAAGAAAGCCAUCCAGGACCCUGCCUUCUCAGACGGCAUCCGGCACGUCAUGGACGGGUCCCUGCCUACCUCACUCAAGCACAUCAUCAGCAAUGCCGAGUAUUAUGGGCCGUCUCUCUUCCUUCUGGCAACGGAGGUGGUGACGGUGUUUGUUUUCCAGGAGCCGUCUCUCCUCUCGUCCCUGCAGGAUAACGGGCUGACUGAUGUCAUGCUGCAUGCCCUGCUCAUCAAGGAUUCUCUCUCUCUGCAGGUCCCGGCCACCCGCGAAGUGCUUGGUUCUCUCCCUAACGUGUUCAGUGCGCUGUGCUUGAACGCGCGCGGCCUGCACUCCUUUGUCCAGUGCCAGCCCUUCGAGAGGCUCUUCAAGGUGCUGCUGUCACCCGACUACCUGCCUGCUAUGAGACGACGACGCAGCUCCGACCCUCUGGGUGACACGGCCUCCAACCUGGGCAGUGCUGUCGAUGAACUGAUGAGACACCAGCCCACUCUGAAGACCGACGCUACCACUGCAAUUAUCAAGUUACUGGAGGAGAUCUGUAACCUGGGCCGGGCUCCGGAGUACAUCUGUCAGAAGCCCUCGAUCCAGAAGGCCGACGGCACCGUCACUGCGCCCCCGGCCCGCUCCUCCCACGCCGCGGAGGAGGCCUCCAGUGAAGACGAGGAGGAAGAGGAAGCCCUCCAUACGUUCGCCCAACAGCAGGGGGAGCCAGAGGCCAACAGACAGUCAGUGCCCGUUGAACUGGUGGUUGGCACUGAAGAGAGAAUACCAAUUCCUUUGAUGGAUUACAUCCUAAAUGUGAUGAAGUUUGUGGAGUCGAUCCUGAGCAACAACACAACGGACGACCACUGUCAGGAGUUUGUCAACCAGAAGGGUCUCCUGCCCCUGGUCUCCAUCCUGGGCCUGCCCAACCUGCCCAUCGAUUUCCCCACAUCAGCCGCCUGUCAGGCUGUGGCCGGGGUCUGCAAGUCCAUACUGACCCUGUCCCACGAGCCCAAGGUGCUCCAGGAGGGCCUGUGUCAACUGGACGGCAUCCUGUCGGCCCUCGAGCCCCUCCACCGGCCCAUCGAGGUCCCCGGCGGGUCCGUGCUGCUCCGGGAGCUCGCCACCGCCGGGCACGUGACUGACGCCACGCUGUCGGCCCGAGCCACGCCGCUGCUACACGCGCUCACCGCCGCGCACGCCUACAUCCUGAUGUUCGUGCACACCUGCCGAGUCGGACAGAGUGAGAUCCGAGCCAUCAGUGUGAACCAGUGGGGCUCCCAGCUGGGGCUGAGUGUCCUCAACAAGCUGAGCCAGCUCUACUGCUCUCUGGUGUGGGAGAGCACCGUGCUGCUGUCCCUUUGCACGCCCAACAGCCUCCCCCCAGGCUGUGAGUUUGGCCAGGCCGACAUGCAGAAGCUGGUUCCAAAGGAGGAUAAGCAGGCUGGCGGCGCCGCAGCCACGGCCUCUGGGUCCAGGAGAACCGCUGAGCCGGAGGUGGUGACCGUCGACCCGUCAGCCACGGCGCUUCUGGAGGGGAUGGGGUUAGACGGCGACACGCUAGCCCCCAUGGAGACCGACGAGCCCCCCGCCGGCACCGCCGACCCCAAGGCCAAGUCCAAACUGACCCCUGCCAUGGCAACCCGCAUCAAGCAGAUCAAACCUCUGCUCUCCGCGUCGUCUCGCCUGGGCCGGGCUCUGGCCGAGCUCUUCGGCCUGCUGGUGAAGCUCUGUGUCGGCUCGCCGGUGCGCCAGCGCCGCUCCCACCACGCCACCAGCACGGGCACUGCGCCCACGCCCGCUGCCAGGGCCACCGCUUCCUCCCUCACCAAGCUGCUCACCAAGGGUCUGAGCUGGCAGCCCCCACCCUACACCCCCACCCCCCGCUUCAGGCUGACGUUCUUCAUUUGCUCGGUGGGCUUCACGUCCCCUAUGCUCUUUGAUGAGAGGAAGUACCCCUACCAUCUCAUGCUGCAGAAGUUCUUCUGCUCCGGGGGCCAUGACGCACUCUUCGAGACAUUCAACUGGGCCCUCUCAAUGGGUGGGAAGGUGCCUGUCUCCGAGGGUCUGGAGCACGCCGAGCUGCCGGACGGGACCGGGGAGUUCCUGGAUGCCUGGCUGAUGCUGGUGGAGAAGAUGGUGAACCCCAGUACCGUGCUGGACUCCCCCCACAGCCUGCCCGUCAAGGUCCCCGGGGUCACGCCCACCACUCCUCAGUUCAGCGCCCUGCGAUUCCUCAUCGUCACUCAGAAGGCGGCAUUCAAUUGCAUCCGUAGUCUGUGGAACCGCAAACCCCUGAAGGUGUAUGGAGGCCGUAUGGCGGAGUCCAUGUUGGCUAUACUGUGCCACAUCCUGAGAGGAGAGCCUGUCAUUCAGGAGCGUUUGGCCAAGGAGAGGGAGGGCACAACCCGGCCAGAGGAGGAGGGAGGAGCUGGGGCCUCAGCGGUGCCUGUGGGCCCAACCUCUGGAGCUGUCGUUGGAGCACCAGGAGCCUCUGGAGCGGUGGUCAACGCCGGCGAAAGCCCAACUGGGUCCACGCCAGCCCCGGGUCCGGCCACCGGCGGUAGCCCUGCACCGCCUGCACCGGGAGGCGCGGCAGAAGACCCGGCCAACCCUACGCCUCGGAGAGAGCCUCCCGUUAACCAGGCCCAGCUACAGCAGGGUCAGGCAGGAGUCGUCCCGAGAGAGAGGCAGCCAAACGUCAACCAGCAGCAACAACAGCAGCUGAUGGACAUGGGUUUCUCCAGGGAGCACGCCAUGGAGGCCCUGCUCAACACCACCACCAUGGAGCAGGCUACGGAGUACCUGCUAACACACCCACCUCCUCUACUGAGUGGAGCCGUCAGGGACAUGACCAUGUCCGAAGAGGAUCAGAUGAUGCGAGCCAUUGCCAUGUCUCUGGGGCAAGAGGUCAGCAUGGAGCAGCGCUCAGAUUCGCCUGAGGAGGCGGCACGUCGUCGCGAGGAGGAUGACCGGAGGGCCAGGGAGCGUACAGAGGAGGAGGAGGCUCGUUGCCUGGAGAGGUUCCUGGAAGCCGAGCCCCUGGACAGCACGGAGCUCCACUCCUUCACCGAUUCCAUGCUGCCCGGCUGCUUCCACCUCCUGGACGAGCUCCCUGACACAGUGUACCGCCUCUGCGACCUCCUCAUGACCGCCAUCAAGAGGAGUGGCCCGGAGUACAGGGAUCUCAUCCUACGACAGGUGGUCAACCAGGUGUGGGAGGCAGCCGAUGUGCUGAUCAAGGCCGCGGUGCCUUUAACCACCAGCGACACCAAGACCGUGUCCGAGUGGACCAGGCAGAUGGCUACCCUGCCGCAGGCCUCCAACCUGGCAACGCGCAUCCUUUUGCUCACUCUGCUUUUCGAGGAGUUGAAGCUGUCCUGUGCCCGGGUGGUGGAGAACAGCGGCAUCCUCAAUGUCCUCAUCAAGCUGCUGGAGGUGGUGCAGCCCUGUCUGCAGGCCGCCAAGGAGCAGAAGGAUGUCCAGACGCCCAAGUGGAUCACUCCGGUGCUGCUGAUCAUCGAUUUCUAUGAGAAGAUGGCCGUGUCGUCCCGACGCAGAUCGCAGAUGAAUAAGUACCUGCAGCCCAACGGGAACAACUGGCGGUGGUUUGACGACCGGUCGGGGCGCUGGUGCAGCUACUCGGCCUCCAACAACAGCACCAUCGACUCUGCCUGGAGGGCCGGGGAGAGCAGCGUGCGCUUCACCGCCGGGCGCCGGCGGUACACGGUCCAGUUCAACACCAUGGUCCAGGUGAACGAGGAGACCGGUAACCGCCGUCCGGUGAUGCUGACAGUGCAGAGGGUGCCGCGCGCCCCAAAACCCGCCAAGACUGGCAGCGUGACUGACUCCGAGAGGGAGGAGGGGGACCGGGGCAAGGCAGAGGAGACGCUAACGGACGCAGACUCCGCCCCGGUUGCCGUGGAGAUGAGUGCUCCUAAAGAUGACAACGCCACCCCCCAAAUGAAGGAGUCCUCCGGCCCGUCUGCUCCGCCUGCACCCCCUCCCAGCGCCUCCCUGGAGCCGGCGUCUGAACGGCCUGGGGCGGGAGGUGCCAUCGUAGUGCCGGGCCUCACCGAGGACAUGACCACGUUGCUCAUCCGAGCCUGCGUCUCCAUGAUCAGUGUCCCCGUGGACCCGGACACCCUCCACGCCACGCUCAGGCUGUGCCUGCGUCUGACCCGGACGCACCACUACGCCAUGAUGUUUGCCGAGCUGAAGAGCACCCGGAUGAUCCUGGGCCUGACGCAGGGCUCCGGUUUCAACGGUUUCACGCCGCUCGUCACGCUGCUCUUCAGGCACAUCAUCGAGGACCCGGCCACGCUGCGCCACACGAUGGAGAAGGUGGUACGGUCGGCGGUGACCAGCGGGGCGGGCAGUACCACGUCCGGUGUGGUGUCGGGCUCCUUGGGCUCCCGGGAGAUCAACUACAUCCUCCGCGUCCUGGGCCCCGCCGCCUGCCGGAACCCGGAGUGUUUCGCUGACACGGCCAACAGCUGCGUCCGGAUUGCCCUCCCCGCGCCCCGCGGAGCUGGUACGGCGUCCGACGACGAGUUUGAGAACCUGCGCAUCAAGGGGCCCAACGCGGUGCAGCUGGUGAAGACCACCCCCCUGAAACUGUCCCCGUUGCCCGCCAUCCCCGAAACCAUCAAGGAGGUCAUCUACGACAUGCUCAAUGCCCUGGCGGCCUACCACGCGCCGGAAGAGGCUGAGCGUCCAGAGGAGCGUGCGGUGGCCGGGGGGCCGGACCUGUGUCAGAUCCUCCAGGAUGUGGGUGAUGACGUCUACCAGCAGUACAGGCUGACCCGGCAGGGCAGUGACUUUGACUCCCAGUCUGCGUUCCACAUCAACGCCCAGGUGUUUGCUACUGAUGGCGCUGUAGCGGACUCAUCUCAGUCUGACGCGCCUCAGGGAGAAGGUGAGACACUGCCUCCCUCCUCCUCACCGCCAGCCUCCCCUGCAUCUACCCCGGAGGAGAUGCGUGAGGAGAAGAAGGAGGUGGAGGGCGAGAAGGGAGCCGGCUCGGAGGAGGGGAAGGGGGCCAAGGCCAAGGCCUCCAAGCCCCUGAUGCCCACCUCCACCAUCCUGCGGCUCCUGGCCGAGCUGGUCAGAUCUUACGUGGGCAUCGCCACUCUGAUUGCCUCCUACUGUUACACAGCCGGACAGUCUGAACUCAUCAAGGAGGACUGCAGUGUCCUGGCCUUCGUUCUGGACCACCUGCUGCCACACACCCAGAGCUCUGAGGAUAAGGACACCCCUGCCCUGGCUCGGCUCUUUCUGGCCAGCCUGGCCGCCGCCGGCACGGGCACUGACGCGCAGGUGGCGCUGGUCAACGAGGUGAAGGCUGCGCUCAGCCGGGCCCUGGCCAUGGCGGAGGGCACAGAGAAACACGCCAGGCUCCAGGCAGUGAUGUGCAUAAUUAGCACCAUCAUGGAGUCGUGUCCGUCCACCUCCAGCUUCUACAGCACAGCGGCGGCCAAGACCCAGCACAACGGCAUGAACAACAUCAUCCGGCUGUUCCUGAAGAAGGGCCUGGUCAACGACCUGGCCAGGGUCCCCCACAGCCUCGACCUUUCCAGUCCUAACAUGGCAAACACGGUGAACGCCGCUCUGAAGCCCCUGGAGACACUGUCCCGCAUUGUCAACCAGCCCAGCAGCCUGUUCGGGGGGAAAGGAGGGUCCAGCAAGAACAAGACAGAACACGACACCGUGGGAGCUGCCCGGGACGCCAACAGCAACACUCAAGGCGAAUCCGGUGAGGCCGAAGGCACUCUGGUGGAGGGCAGUCACCGGGUCGCCGGGCCGGACAGCGACCUGAUGGACGGGGAGACGGAAGGCGACACGGUCGUGAUCGCCGGGCAGCCGGAGGUGCUCAGUACCACGGCCAUGCAGGUGGAGAACGAGCUGGUGGACCUCAUAGACGAGCUCCUGGAGAGGGACGCCGGCGCAGUCAACAGUGCCAUUAUCGUUGGACGUAGCAGUGGCGAAGAUGAAUCGCAAGAGGAUGUUUUGAUGGAUGAGGCGCCGUCAAAUAUCAGUCAGGCGUCUACACUACAGGCCAACAGGGAAGACUCAAUGAACAUCCUAGAGCCUGAGGAUGAGGAGCACACACAGGAGGAAGACUCCAGUGGUAGCAAUGAUGAUGAAGAUAGCCAGGAUGAAGAGGAGGAGGAAGAAGAGGAGGAGGAGGAGGACCAGGAUGAUGAAGAAGGCGAUGAGGAUGAUGACGAUGAGGGUUCUGAGAUGGAACUGGAUGAAGAUUUCCCGGAUAUCAACGCCGCGCCACACAUACGCUUUGAGAGGUUUGACCGUGACGAUGACCUCAUCAUAGAGUUUGACAACAUGUUCUCCACCAGCGCUGACAUCCCUCCCUCCCCAGGCAACAUCCCCAGCUCCCACCCCCUGAUGGUGCGCCACGCAGACCACGGCUCCCUGACGCUGGGCGGAGCUGGCACCAACAACCGCCUGGCGCAGGGCAUGGGCCGCAGCCAGAGGACGCUGCGCCAGCUCACCGCCAACACGGGCCACACCAUCCAUGUCCAUUACCCUGGCAACAGGCAGCCCAACCCGCCCCUCAUCCUGCAGAGACUCCUGGGGCCCAGUGCCGCAGCCGACAUCCUGCAGCUGUCCAGCUCCCUGCCGCUGCAGUCCAGAGGCCGCGCGCGACUACUGGUGGGCAACGAGGACGUGCACAUCAUCGCCCGCUCCGACGACGAGCUGCUCGACGACUUCUUCCACGAGCAGAGCAGCACCGGAGGACAAGCAGGCACCCUGUCCAGUAUCCCCACCGCCUUAACCCGAUGGACUGAUGAGUGCAAGGUCCUGGAUGCUGAGAGCAUGCACGACUGUGUCGCAGUGGUGAAGGUCCCCAUCCUGCAGCACCUGGAGACCCUGAGAGAUGAGGAGCUGGAGGAGAGGAGAGAGAAGAGGAGGCGGCAGCUGGCGGAGGAGGAGGCGGCGAAGCAGAACGAGAGACGGACGGGCGGAGAAGAGGCCAGGGAGCAGAGUCUCCAGGGCACAGGCCUGGGUGCGGUCAACGGUUCUGCCGGGGAGAUCCCAGCUGAAGGUGAUGCCCAGGGCACUGGGGUGUCCUGUCUGGACCCCCCAAGGGUCUCAGAAGGCUUCCUCACGGCGCCCCCCUCAGGAGAGGUCACCCCGACCACCCCCGCGCCCCACGAACAGGCCCUAGUCUCCCUGGAGACCGCCAUCAGCCAGCAGGUCCACCAGCCAAUCGCAGACCUUCUUCUGGCAGAGUCGCACUCCAAUUCUCUGGCGGCCCUGGCGGGGGCUGGUCUUCCUGUCCUUGCGGUGCAAUCCGAUAGGCCAAACUGCGAAGCGGAGGCGUCCCAGAUGGAAAUGUCCCCAGCACCCACUAUUGGUGAGGGAGGAGGUGGAGGAGGAGGCGCAAUGGAUGGAGGCAGGGAAGCCUCCCUGAGUCCGGACAUUGUGGAGACUUCUGAACCGGCGGCGGUGGGUGUGUCACAACUGGAAGGGUCUCCCAUGGAUACCAGUAGCCCCGCCUCUGCCAUGCAGGAAGAGCCUGCUCCUAACUCCACCCAGGCUGUCCAUCUGUCCCAGGAGCUGUCGGGGAGUGGCGACAGCGGCCUGACGGACAGGCAGACAGACGCGGACACAGGCUCCACCUCUGUCUCCUCCCCUGGGGAGACCAUGCCCCGCAGUGACAGCGCCGACAGCCAAUCCCAGGCCAUCCAGGAAGAGCCCCUCCCAUCCACCAGCAACGAGGAUGAGGACCCACUGGCAGGCAUCAGUCUACCAGAAGGUGUGGAUCCAUCCUUCUUGGCGGCCCUCCCGGAGGACAUCCGCCGUGAGGUGCUCCAGAACCAGCUGGGCAUCCGGCCCCCGGCUCGUCCCCCUGCUGCAUCCACCCUCCCCUCCACCGCUCCACCCGUCCUGGGAGGAGGCCCUGGGCUUACGGAGGUCAGCCCGGAGUUCCUGGCUGCCCUGCCACCGGCCAUACAGGAGGAGGUGCUAGCCCAACAGAGGGCGGAGCAACAGCGCAGAGAGCUGUCCCAGCAGCCCACGCAGGGCGACACACCCCUGGACCCAGUCACCUUCAUCCAGACCCUCCCUUCAGAGCUGCGUCGUUCUGUCCUGGAAGACAUGGAGGACAGCGUGCUGGCUGUCAUGCCCCCGGACAUCGCCGCCGAGGCUGCCGCGUUGCGCCGCGAGCAGGAGGUGAGUGCUCGCCAGAGGCAGUUGAUGCACGAGCGGCUGUUUGGCCAUAGUUCCAGCUCGGCCCUGUCGGCCAUCUUGAGGUCGCCUGCGUUCACCAGCCGCCUGGGGGGCAAUCGAGGGGUACAGUACACCCGCCUGGCCGUUCAGAGGGGUGGAACCUUCCAGAUGGGCGGGGCCAACCACAGCAGGCCGUCCAGCUCCAGCGUGGACUCCCUGCUCCGGCUGCGCGGCCGCCUGCUCCUGGACCACGAGGCCCUGUCGUGCCUCCUGGUCCUUCUCUUCGUGGACGAGCCCAAGCUGAACACCAGCCGCCUCCACCGCGUGCUCCGCAACCUGUGCUACCACUCCCAGACGCGUGGCUGGGUGAUCCGCAGCCUCCUGUCCAUCCUGCAGCGCAGCAGCGAGAGCGAGGUGUGUGUGGAGACCGCCCGGCUCGAGGACGCUCGCGGCAAGAGGGCCGCCGCUGCUCAGGCGGGCUGCGGGGGGAGUAAAGGCUCCACCGCCGCUUCCUCCCUCUCCGGCCCGCCUCCCUCCUCUUCCUCCCUGGAGCUUCUCAACCGGGUGGAGUCUCGCAGCUCCUCCCAGCUCUCCUGGCUGUCCGUUUCCAUGGACGCGGCGCUGGGCUGCCGCACAAACAUUUUCCAGAUCCAGCGAGCGUCGGGGCGGAAGCACGCCGACCGGCACUCCGCCGGGGGGACGUCAGGGGGGCCCGGGAGUACCCUGGGAGGAGGAGGGGUGCAGGGGGGUACGGCGGGAUUGGCCUGUGCUGGGGGCGGGGGGUCGACUGUACACAUCCACCCCCAGGCUGCCCCGGUGGUCUGUCGGCAUGUCCUGGACACGCUGAUCCAACUGGCCAAGGUGUUCCCGAGCCACUUCACUCAGCAGCGCUGUAAGGACCUGCUGUCUUCCUCCACCUCUGACCUGGACUCGCGUCUAUGUGCUGCUGCCUCCAUCGUGACUGGAACUUCUGGGGGUGGCUCACGAUCCUCCCAGUCCUCCAAUUCCACCUCCAACACCCCCUCCGCCCCCUCCUCGGCCCAAAACUCCCUGGGUGGAGCCGGCAGCGGCACGCCCAACACCCCGCAGUCGCUCGGCAUCUCCACCGACUUCUGGGACCUGCUGGUGAAGCUGGACAACAUGAAUGUGUCGAGGAAGGGCAAGGCCUCCAUGAAGUCGGUGCCCCUGGGAGCGGGAGGGGAGGCCGAAGGUGCCCAGUACAGUCUGGAGGCUUCGCCCCUGGGCCAGCUGAUGAACAUGCUGUCCCACCCGGUGAUCCGGCGCUCCUCCCUGCUCACAGAAAAGCUGCUGCGUCUCCUCUCGCUCAUCUCGAUCGCCCUGCCGGACAACAAGGCCACGGAGGUCCCCGCCGGGCACCCGACGCCGCAGGCUGCGGCCGCCGGUGCCGGUAACGCCGCUCCUGGCGCUGCGGCCGGCGUUGGCGCCGUGGGCACCGUCUCGGCCUCUGCCCAGGGGACCAGCGUUGGGGGGGUGUCGGGAGUUCCUUUGGGAGUCCCGGCCCAGAGUCAGAGUGCCUCCUCCUCAUCGGCUAUUGUGUCCAUACCGACCAGCACAGGAGCCAGCUCCACAGGGAAGCAUAGAGCGACAGUGCUUUGUGUUGAGGGUGACGCUAAGCUCGCCUCCACUGGUCUGACUGAGAAACAACUGCAGCUCUCUGUCGAGGUGCUGACCAGUCACUCGUGUUCAGAGGAGGGCCUGGAGGACGCAGCCAACAUCCUGCUCCAGCUCUCCAGAGGAGACGGGGCCACCCGGGACACGGUAUUGCGCCUCCUGCUGUCUGGGGCCAGACACCUGGGUUACACACUCUGCAAACAGAUCGGCACAUUAUUGGCUGAGCUGCGUGAGUACAACCUGGAGCAACAGAGGAGAGCCCGGGCCGAUGCACAGUCACCUGACGCCCCUGCAGAAGACACUUCUCUCUCUGCCAGGCUGAAGGCUGGCAAGCUGUCUAGCAGGCGGGGGCGCAGGUUCGACGGCUCGGAGAGCGUGGUGAUCGUGGCGGCCCAGAAGCGGACGCUGGGUGGCCGGGAGCUCCAGCUGCCCUGCAUGUCCUCCCUGACGUCCAAGACGUCCACCCAGAAGUUCUUCCUGCGUGUCCUGCAGGUCAUCAUCCAGCUCCGGGAGGACACGCGCCGGGCCAACAAGAAGGCCAAGCAGACAGGACGACUAGGCUCCACCAGUCUGGGCUCUGCCAGCAGCAUCCAGGCGGCUGUGCGUCAGCUGGAGGCCGAGGCUGACGCCAUCAUUCAGAUGGUGAGAGAGGGGCAGCGGGCGCGCCGUCUACAGCAGGCACCCCCGCCCUCCGCCGCCGCCGCCGCCACCACCGUCGGAUCCUCCGCGGCUGCCCCCCAUGUCCCCGCCGCUGCCCCCCCUACCGCCGGCACGGCGAGCGCUGCCACGGUUAGCAUGUCGGAGGUUGGCUCUGUGUCGGAGCCUCAGGCCACUCAGAGGGAUGACUCUCCUAUGGAUGUGGACCAGCCCUCCCCCCUCGACCAGGACCCUGCCGCCCUUGAUGAAGGCAGCAGCCAAUCAGAGACAGAAGAGCGUCUCCCAGACCUCCCCCUGCUCAGUGAGCAGCUGCUAUUGGACGAGCUGUGGGACAUGCUCGGGGAGUGUUUGAAAGAGCUGGAGGAGUCCCAUGAUCAGCACGCUGUUCUUGUUCUUCAGCCAGCGGUGGAGGCCUUCUUCCUGGUCCACGCCACUGAGAGGGAAAGCAAGCCCCCCGUCCGGGACACCAGAGAGAGCCAACUGUCCCACAUCAAAGACGAGCCUCCCCCUCUGUCCCCCGCACCCCUCACCCCCGCGACCCCGUCCUCCCUGGAUCCGUUCUUCUCCAGGGAACCCUCCUCCAUGCACAUCUCCUCCAACCUGCCUCCCGACACACAGAAGUUCCUUCGCUUUGCUGAGACUCACCGCACAGUGCUUAACCAGAUCCUGCGCCAGUCCACCACGCACCUAGCCGACGGCCCCUUCGCUGUCCUGGUCGACUAUAUCCGCAUCCUCGACUUUGACGUCAAACGAAAGUACUUCCGACAGGAGCUUGAGCGCCUGGACGAGGGUCUGAGGAAGGAAGACAUGGCUGUGCACGUCAGGAGAGAUCACGUCUUUGAAGACUCUUACAGAGAGCUGCACCGCAAGAGCCCAGAGGACAUGAAGAACAGACUCUACAUAGUGUUUGAAGGAGAGGAGGGUCAGGAUGCCGGAGGCCUGUUGAGGGAGUGGUACAUGAUCAUCUCCAGGGAGAUGUUCAACCCAAUGUACGCCUUGUUUCGCACCUCGCCCGGCGACAGGGUCACCUACACCAUCAACCCCUCGUCUCACUGCAACCCCAACCACCUCAGCUACUUCAAGUUCGUGGGUCGCGUGGUGGCCAAGGCGGUCUACGACAACCGACUGCUGGAGUGCUACUUCACGCGGAGCUUCUACAAGCACAUCCUGGGCAAAAGUGUCAGGUACACGGACAUGGAGAGUGAGGACUAUCCGUUCUUCCAGGGCCUGGUCUACCUGCUGGAGAACCAUGUUUCCACGCUGGGCUAUGAGCUGACAUUCAGCACCGAGGUCCAGGAGUUUGGUGUGUGUGAAGUGCGGGACCUGAAGCCCAAUGGAGGCAACAUCAUUGUGACGGAGGAGAACAAGAAGGAAUACGUCCACCUGGUCUGCCAGAUGAAGAUGACAGGUGCGAUUCGUAAGCAGCUGUCAGCCUACCUGGAGGGCUUCUACGAGAUCAUCCCCAAGAGGCUCAUCUCUAUCUUCACCGAGCAGGAACUGGAGCUGCUCAUCUCUGGCCUGCCCACCAUAGAUAUAGAUGACCUUAAGGCCAACACUGAGUACCACAAAUACCAGUCCAGCUCUAUACAGAUCCAGUGGUUCUGGCGAGCUCUGCGUUCCUUUGACCAGGCGGACCGGGCCAAGUUCCUGCAGUUUGUGACGGGCACAUCGAAGGUCCCCCUGCAGGGCUUCGCUGCCCUGGAGGGCAUGAAUGGAAUUCAGAAGUUCCAGAUCCACCGGGACGACCGCUCUACAGACCGCCUACCGUCAGCUCACACCUGCUUCAACCAGCUGGACCUCCCAGCCUACGAAAGCUACGAGAAGCUGAGACACAUGCUGCUGCUGGCCAUUCAGGAAUGCUCUGAGGGAUUCGGACUGGCUUAACCACACACACACACACACGGAGGCUCAACAUACACGGAGACUCUUAACACACACUGAGACUCUUAACACACGCGCGCGCACACGAGCGAAUUUAGACUUCCCUACCCCGACAACGUUAAACUGAAGACACAUAGAGACAACGCCAUACACACACACACACACACUCUCACACCAUUGUAGACAUUACUGGGUGACUUGUUUGGAGACAUGACUUCUAGACUUGUUUCUGGUUCCUGAUCCAUAUGAAGAGACCGAUAGACCAGCUGAGCGAAAUGAUGGAUGGACGGACGGACGGACGUUGCCUACUACACACAGAGCCUCAUUUUGAUAGACACACGUCUUCAGUGUAGUGUGUCUCCCUCCCACAGUGAAAUGCCAGAAACCUGCGAGAGAGUGACUUCGGAGGAUUAAAAACGUGGACUAAUAUAAAAGACAUUUUUCUCCAUUUAGUUUGGUUUCUCUGUACAAAAGGUUUGGGAGUUUAUGUUUAAUCUUUUUUGUUCUUCUCUGGCUGUGUAAAAAAAAAAAGAGAAGUUGUUUGUGUGUGUGAAAAGGAUGGUUAUAAAACCUUUGGGGGAAAAAAAAUGUUGGUUGUUUCUUGUUGCAAAUUUGUGACCUCAAAAGCCUUGAAGAUGGGGGGUGGACAUUUUUAUGGGGAAGGAAAGUGCGAGAAAAAGAACUUGAGAAGUUUUGAAGAAAUUCAAAGAAAUGCACUUUUCAAAGUUUUGUGGCAUUUUUAAGGUAGAAUGGUAAAACAAAAAUGAAGAGCGCAAGUGAAGACAGAUGAUAAAGAAAUUAACCACAAAUUCUAGAGUAUUUUUGGCUAUUAAAUCGCUGACCCAGCCUUGACCCUUUGAAAUCAGAGUGAAAUAACUACAUGAAUAAAUGCAUAAAAUUGA